AGCCCCAAUAGUCCUGUCCUGCUGCAUUUAGGCAUCCAACAGCUGCUCCUCUUCUGGCCUUGUCCUGUUUCCACCCUGAUUCAACCUGUUGGCCGAACAAUGUCACAGCAGAAGCAGCAAUCUUGGGAGCCCUCAAAUGCUCCCAAAUGCUCCCCUCCCCAAUGCCCAAACUCCUGCCUGGCUCCUUGUGGUGCUCCCUGUUCAGGAGGCUGCCAUUCCAGUGUCCAAAGGACCCAGGCUCAGAGCCCCACCUGCUCUAGAAGAACUCGUCGCCGCCGAAAGCCCCGCUGCCUCAGCGGGGGCACGGUCUACCACUGCAAAGAGGAGGAGUGUUAAGGCCUGGAGGCCCCUGCUCAGAUGUACCCAGACCCCCCAGGUGGAUGCCGUUCCUCCUCCUCUCUUCCUAAGACAGCUGAUAGCCUUUGA